UCACAUAGCUUCCGGUAGAGAGACCGACGCAUUUCCGUGUUGAACCACGUUGUCACGUUUCCACCAGAAGAUUCAGGUUAUCACAGUUUUAAGCUGUAUCUAAGUACCCAAACAUGCGGCCAUUAACAGAGGAAGAGACGAAAACAAUGUUUGAGAAGCUCUCAAAAUACAUCGGUGAAAACAUAAAGCUUCUGGUGGACCGACCCGAUGGUACUUACUGUUUCAGACUACACAACGACCGCGUGUACUACAUGAGCGAGAAAAUCCUAAAGCUGACCACAAACAUUUCCCGGGACAAGCUCGUGUCAGUGGGGACAUGUUUUGGAAAGUUCACAAAGACAAUUAAGUUCCGGCUGCACAUCACAGCUCUGGAUUUCCUGGCGCCUUAUGCAAAGUUCAAAGUGUGGGUGAAACCUGGAGCAGAGCAGUCUUUCCUUUAUGGGAACCAUGUAUUAAAAUCUGGGCUUGGGAGGAUCACUGAAAACACUCAGCAGUACCAGGGUGUUGUGGUGUACUCCAUGUCUGAUGUCCCUUUGGGUUUUGGAGUAGCAGCCAAGAACACUCAGGAGUGUCGGCGUGUGGACCCCAUGUCCAUCGUAGUGUUCCACCAGGCUGAUGUGGGAGAGUUCAUUAGGAAUGAAGACACUUUAACAUAAAAAUACAUCAAAUGAUUGGACUGUGGAAUUCCCAUUUUCUUUGUCUAAGUAAAGUCCAGCUCCAUUUACAGAAUACAAACCUGGAACCGCAGUUGAUCCCACAUAACUGUUAGGUGGUUGGAUUUCAUAACCUGAUCUGAUGACGUUAAUUGCAGAUGUCACAAGGGACAUGUCUAGGGACAGCAAUGUGAUCCCCUCCAGUGACUCACUUUGAGACACAAAUCAUCUGAAGGAUUCACUCGUUCUCGGGACUUCUGAUCCGCCUUCACUCCGAAUUUGACUCAAAUCUCUUCAAAAUGAAGGGGAAUAGUUUUCAUUGUGCAUAAUUUUGUAUGUUGUCUUUCAAAUAAAUCAAGAUUGUCAUAGAU